GGACGCAGCGUCUCCAUCACUCAGCUGUCACCGCAGAGGAGGACGCGCUUUUUAAUCGUUUUUCCAUCUCCUGCGACCGAGGACGACCGAAAGCUCUGAUUUUGGUGAUCCGAUCGAGGAUAAUAAUUGGCCAUCACAUCGGAGCGCUGCUGCCAUAGUUGGUCCUUUUCCCGAGGCCCGUCGUCACGUAAACAGCUCCUCCAACAUCCGGUGAACAUGGGAAUGUUACACGUAAUUCUCAUUACUCUCCUCUGCUGCCCGUUCGCCCACUGCCGCGGGGCCUGUGCGGAGCCGGACUCUGACACUGAGGCGGUCGCCGGCAAGGGCUUCAAACUGGGCUGCCUCUCCUGCAAGAGGAGGAGCGAGGUGCAGGCGACCGCCACCGUCGAAUGGCACUUCAGGGGGAAGGGGGAGGCCGACUUUUACCGCAUCUACACCUACACCGAGGAAGGGCCGAACAUAGAGAGCGACAACUUCAUGGACCGCGUUGAUUGGAACGGAAGCAAGAGGAGCAACGACAUCCAAGACGCGUCCAUAUACCUGCUCAAUGUCACCUUCAACGACUCGGGCACCUACCAAUGCUUCUUCAACCGCAUCCUCUUCUACGACAACUACGAGUACAGCACCGUCAUCAGCAAGGUGGUCCACCUCACCGUGGUCGCCAAAGCCACCAGAGGAACGGCGUCCAUCGUGUCCGAGGUCAUGAUGUACGUGUCCAUCAUCGGCCUGCAGGUCUGGCUCCUCAUAGAGAUGAUAUACUGCUAUAGGAAAAUAUCUGCAGCCGGGGAAGAAGCCUUACGAGAAGCAGCAAAUGCUGAAUAUUUAGCGAUUGCCUCGGAAGGUAAAGAUAACUGUGCAGGGGUGCAGGUCGGAGAAUAGCACAGGCUCCCAACGUGGACUCAAAACAUCCUCCCACCCUCUGACCUGCAUGUGGACAUUUUCGGGAGGAAACUCCUCUUCAUAACGAGCCUUUAGUUCCCUUUUUCCAAGACGUGACGUACAAAGAGAGCAUGGUGCCAGCACUGUAUUAAGGCUUCAAAAGCAUGUUCUGCACUUAUUCGAGAAGUCCAUCACGCACCCAUGAGCCACGUCAUCGACAGCACACAUCGUACGUACAUAAACGAUUUCUUUAAGUAUAUGUAGUCACUCAUUCAUAUUUAAGGAAAAGUUUUUACUGAAUCGUCACCGACCGAACGUAUGAAUAAUGCAGCACACACUUAAACUUAAAGUUCAUGUAAAAGAAAUAGAAGGUGAUGAACUACGAUAGACUGUACUUCCAGUUGCUAGUUGAACAUUCAAUGAAAACUUAAAAAUGUACUAAUAAAAAAAUGGAAAAA